AUGCAUCUCCAUCCCGUGUCCCUCUCUCUCCUCCUCCUCCUGGUUGUGGGUGCAGCCGAGGUGUGUGCUGCAGUGACAACCACGCUGCACGGCUUCAGAGGUUGCGCUGUGCGAGAGUUCACCUUUGUGGCCCAGAAGCCUGGCUGCAAGGGACUGCGCAUCACCACAGAGGCCUGCUGGGGGCGUUGUCACACCUGGGAGAGACCUGUGCCGGACCCCCCCUACAUCCACCGACACCAUCGCGUGUGUACAUACAGUCACACCCGCCACAUGACGGCCCGCCUGCCGGGCUGCCAGCCAAACGUUUCCCCUCUCUACCACUAUCCCAUGGCUCUGCACUGCCACUGUGCUGUCUGCUCCACACAGGACACAGAGUGUGAGACCUUCUGAUGCACAGACACCACUGUUAACAAUGUAAUCAUCACAUUUUCUGAUAUGAAUGAAUCUGAAUAAAAGAAUGACAUCAAGACA